AUGACACUGCAGCAGACAGAAAUGGCUUUGGGAAUUCAAGGGGCCAAGGGACCUCAGCCUUGGAUGAUCUCAUACAUUUUCUUUGCUCUCCCGGCAGAUUUUGAAACAGAUCGUUGUCUAGAACAAUACGACACGUUGACCAAGCUUGGAGUUAACAAUGAGGCCAAGUCGCGUUGUCGCAUUGACGCAUUGAUAUUCGUCGUAUAUCGAAGUUUGUUGGAGCAAGGCCUAGUUCCAAGCACCGGAGACAGUAGAGCCACUCUCUCCUUUGAGACUCCAUUCAAGUGGAGUCCCGUGCUCAUUGACGGAAUUCCAUACACAUGCACUGGAAACGUUGACUAUGCUGUCCUUCUCGGAUACAGAAAUCAUAUGGCUUGUCAUCUGGCAGCACUAGAGGCCCAAAAGCGUGAUGGUUUGGCUGGAACUGGACAAUUGUUGGCUUAG